AUGGAGACCUCAGCAAAUGUAGAUGAUUCUACAGAGCGGCAGAAGUCGAACGAACCAUGUGAAGGGGCGGGAGAGGAAACACAAACAAAAAGCCUCGAAGAAACCAGCCAAACGUCAAACACCCAGUCCGUGGUGGAUAAGGACGACAAACCGCAAAAACAAUGCGAGGAUGAACCGAAGGAAUCUACCAACGGCAAACCGUCUUCGGGGCACGCAACAGCAUCUUCAUCUUCCAAAGCAUCUUCGGCCCCGCCGAAAAGCAGAUCGUUCGAAAAAGUACCGAUCUUCGUGGUGGAAGAUCAUCACGAAGUGCUCACGUUCCUUUACCGUUGCCUCGGCUCGAAGCAUCUACCGCUGCAUGGAAACCGGAUUGUGCACUUUGACUCCCAUCCGGACAUGUGCAUCCCGAAGCAUAUGCCCGCAAACUACGUUUUCAACAAGGACGAUUUGUUGGAUAGUAUCAGCAUCGAGAACUGGCUCAUGCCAACCGUUUUCGCCGGACACGUGGAACGCAUCGUUUGGAUCAAACCGCCAUGGUCGGAGCAGAUCCCGAAGGGCAAGUUUGAAUUCCAUGUUGGCGAGUUUGAGGGUUCGAUACGGACGGACUCAACGCUAGAGUACUUCGUGUCGGAGGGUUGCUACCAACCGGAAGACAAGCUUGAGAACCGAAAGCGACUUCGGCUGGAAGUGUGCUCGGUCGAAGAGUAUUCAGUGUCCGAGGACACGGAUUUAGCAAAGGGCUACAUUCUCGAUAUCGAUUUAGAUUACUUCAGCACACACAAUCCCUUCCUGAAGAUUUACGAUCGGGUGCAGCUGUACGAGAAGCUGAAGGAUAUAUUCGUUUCGCCCGAACUGGCCGACGACGCGGAGAAUGAUCUCGAGAAGCUGCAGCGUGUGGCGCGCGAUCGUGAGGAGAAGCUUGAAUUUCUCGAAUCUAUCUUCCUGUACCUGGAGGAGGUGGGCAAUCUGAAGCAUUUUCUAAUGGACUAUCAGCAGGAUAUCAGCGAAGAGUAUACUGGACUGCUGCAGAAGGUGACCACACUGGUGCGGACGUUGAAGCGCGAGUACAAGGAAGAGGAGAUCGACUGGUCGAUGAUUUAUGAUGCGGGCUGCACGUGUGACGUGACCGAUCUGCCGCACCAUGAAUCUAGCCAGGAAGAGAUUGAAACGAUGGUCGGUCAGCUAGAACGCUUCCUGGAGAAGCUGCCGUGUCCACCGGUCGUAAUAACGGUGUCGCGAUCCAGCGAGGAUGACUACACACCGGCCACGCAGGUAGAAAUGAUACAGGAGAUGGUGCUGGCAGCGCUUACAAAGUGCCUGCGAGCGGAACUAGAUACCCCGAUACUUCACUAUAAGGAUCAGAAAUUUACACUGUAAGGACAAUAAACCAA